AUGACAAUGGAUGAGCUGCCAAUCGGUGAUGUUGAGAAGGGAUAUGACAACAAGGGAGAGAUAACCAAUAAGACCUUGGUUUCGUCAUUUGGUUACGACAGUAACAAGGAGCCCAUUGGGUCCAACAAAGAUUUAACCAAAAACAAUCUGGUUUGGAGUGGGAUUAAUCUAAAACUAAUGGACAGAAAGAAGGGCAAGAAGGACGGUGUCAAACUCAACAUUCUCAAAGAUGUUUGGGGCACAGCAGAAGCUGGAAAGACAACUGCCAUCAUGGGGGCCUCGGGAGCUGGAAAGACAAGCCUCUUUCAAGUUCUCACUGGGCGUAUUCCCAGUCAAGGAAACCUAGUCCAAGAAGGAUCGAUCUAUCUUGGUGGUGUCAGGGUCGAUCCUCGCAAUCGAGAACACCGCAAGCUGUUUGGAUACGUCGCCCAAGAAGAUACUCUUCAUGAGACAUCUACUCCUCGGGAAGCUCUCCGCUUUAGUGCCAAGCUCCGUCUGGCUCACGCCACCACUGAUGAAGAAAUUGAACAACUGGUCGAGAAGAAGCUCAAGGCAUUGGGUCUAGAAUCUGCCGCCGACACCAUCAUUGGGGGAGGCUUCAAGAAAGGUAUCUCGGGAGGUCAAAAGAAGCGAGUAUCUAUUGGUGUGGAACUAAUUGCAUCUCCCUCCAUCAUCUUUUUGGACGAACCAACUUCUGGUUUGGAUAGUUAUGCUGCGGCGCAAGUGAUGCAACUACUGGAUGAUGUUGCCAAAGAAGGAAACAUUGUCUUGUUCACUAUUCAUCAGCCAUCCUCCAAGGUCUUUUCCUCCUUUGACAACUUGAUCCUCCUGAACAAGGGUCAAAUUAUGCACCAAGGGUCAGUCUCCAAUACUGCUAAUGACUUUAGUGCAGCUGGAUUCCCCAUGCCAGACAAUUACAACCCUGCUGAUUGGGUCAUUGAUGUGUCGGAGACGAAUCAACUUGACGAUUUGAAGAAGACCACCUUCUUCUCGAGCGAGCCCAAGGACAACACGAUUGUCACAGACUCACAAAAGACCCUGGCGAUUCCAUAUUCAAAACCCGUCUCGAUCUUUGUGGAGCUUCAGUAUCUCCUCCGCCGCGAGUUUCGCGACAUUAAGCGCAAUCCGCUAAUGACGGUCAUCAAUGUCACCAUCACUUCCAUCUUGGCAGCCAUCUUUGGUUUGAUGUUUUGGGACGUCGGUCGCAAAGACCGAUCCGAAAUAAUUGUGGUACAAGCGGUACUUGGCUCAUUGGUCAACUUGAUGAUUUCGACCUUGUUUGGGCAAAGCAACACUGCCAUUGCCGUGUUCGCGCGUGAUCGCCCUCUGUUCUUGCGGGAAUACUCCACGGAUCACUACAGCAUUGUCCCGUACUUUUUGUCCAAGCUUGGCAGUGAAAUGUUCAAUGCCUUUGCGGCUGUCUUGGCACAAACUUUGGUCGUCUUCUGGAUGAUGGGCUUCACCAUGGGCUUUGGACACUUGUUGGCCAUUACCUAUUCCAUGUCCUUGGUUUCGACUGCCGUUUGCGUCAUGUUGGGUGCCUUCUUUGCAAAUCCCGAGAACGCCACGGCGCUGUUCACCGUGGUCGUCGUUCCACAACUCUACUUUAGCGGUGUUUUCAUUUCCAUCGAGUUGUUGCCCGAUGUUGUCCAAUGGGCCCAGUAUGUGUGCUCCUUGACCUAUGCGUCUCGCUUGGCGUUGGCUUAUGAGUUCCAGAACUGCGAGCCAGGACUUGCCGAAGAGAAUUGUCUCGCCACUCUGGACCGGAACAAUGUGGAGAUCGAUAAUAUCUGGUGGUAUUGGCUUGCCCUCCUGGGAUUGUUCCUUGGAUUCCGCUUGAUUGCCAUGAUUGUCUUGCGUUCCAAGGCAAACUACUAG